GCCACAUCAUAUUGUACAAGCAUCUGCUCGGACAUAGGUGCACUCCCUAUUCCUUCAUUCUCGUAAAGCGAUGGGACGGCAAUCCAACACGACCAAAGAGAUAAGGCGCAGUACCGACAUUAACGUGAACUGAAAGUCUAGCAGGCUCCGGCUGGCUGGUUCUUUUUGCCAAUAGUCUAUGAACAUCUAACAUAAAAACUUUUUUAAUAGAGAACAAUUUGACGUUUAACUUUUCAUUACCGUUAUGUCCUUUACCGUCCAUUACCGUCAUUAUGAUUGUCGUUAUUCUGAUACAAAAUUAAACAAACUUAUCUACCCGAAAAAACUAUAAUGAAAGAAUGAUUUGAAAUAACCACAAAAAAAACCGUAAACCAGUAAAAUGUUCACGAGUUUGUCUAACCCUUUGUGUAUGAAAGCCGCGUUGGGGCUCUCCCCUGCAGCUCUGCUGUCCCAUUCUUCCCGUGAAAAGUGCAUUGCUAAUAUAAGUAGAUUGCCGACAGUCAAUUUACGAGGCGAUAGAAUGAAAUACUGUGCGUCAGCGUUUAUACCUGUGUGCGUGGAGAACGGAGAAGUUUGUCUACUGUACACGAUGCGGACGCACAAUUUUAACCGCUUCAGUUGCCAGGUAACAUUCCCAGGCGGCAAUCUCGAGAAGGACGAGAACGUAUUCGCUUCACUGAUACGUGAAUUAGAGGAUAAUUUAGGCGUUCAGCCUAAAGAUUUAAAAGUUUGGACCAAGAUGGGUCAAGUUCAGCUUCGCAAAACUAAUGUUGUAGUCACACCCGUUGUUGGCGAGAUUCUGAACUUCGACAUCAAUAAUCUGGUGAUAAAUGAAGACGAAGUAGACGAGGUAUUCACUAUUCCUAUGCAAGUGUUCUGCGACAGGAACAAUCAUGGCAGCCUGAGGCACAACGGUGUUCUGGUGCCAGUGUACAGCGGCGGCAAACACAAAGUGUGGGGCAUCACGGCGACGAUCACACAUCGCUUCCUAUAUACCUUUUUACCUAAAGAGUUGUACAACAUUGGUUUUUUCAGAAAACAGUAUACCAUAAAUGAAUUAGUCGAGUUAUAAAAUAUAUGUACCGUUGCGAAAACUGAAGUCAAA